AUGCGUCGAGUCCACCUCGCCGUGCUCCUUGGCUUUGCUGCUUUCGCCACAGCUUUGUCAUCACCCUCUACUAGUACUACUCAUAACAACCACCGCUCAACCAAAGAUCCCAAAGUGCUAAUCCUUGGAGGAGGCGUUGCUGGUGUUAUUGCCGCGCGCACAUUGCACCGCAAGGGUAUUGACGACUUUCUGAUUGUUGAAGCGCGUGAUGAGCUAGGCGGAAGGAUGCAGGAUUAUACCAUCGGCGUCCCCGGAAAGCAGUACACCAUCGAACUCGGUCCUAAUUGGAUCCAGGGAACGCAGACUGACAAUGGGACAGCUAAUCCCAUUCUGACGCUCGCUCGAAAACACCACGUUAAGAACCAGUAUAAUGAUCUUGAUGGCAGUGUCACGACUUAUGACUAUAAUGGGUUUAAAGACUAUCGUAACCUCCUGGACACAUCAGUUGAUCAAUUCACUCAGAUCGGAGCUGUUGCAGGGGGACGUGUCAAGACGCAGCAGGUUGACCUCAGCCUUCAAAGCGCGUACGGCAUCAUCGGCGCAACUCCAAAGAACAUGUACGAAGCAGUUUGCCAGUAUUAUCAAGUCGACUGGUCCCCAGACCAGAAUUCGUGGAUAGCAUCAGCUUGGAACAACAACUUUACCUUUGACGUCGAUAUGGGUGGCUUCUCGGACAAUAAUAACCUCUGCAUCGAUCAGCGUGGCUUCAAAACCAUCAUCCAGGCCGAGGCUGCAGAUUUUCUCCAACCCGAGCAAGUCUCCCUGAAUUCCAUUGUCACGACGAUUGCAUACAGCGGGGAUGGGGUGACGGUCACACUAAAAGAUGGUACUACUCUCACCGCGGACUACGUGCUUUGCACGUUUAGUAUUGGAGUACUACAAUAUGGUGAUAUCGCGUUUGAGCCUGCUCUUCCCUCGUGGAAGAUCGAGGCCAUUCAGAGCAUGGUCAUGGCCACGUACACAAAAAUAUUCUUGCAAUUCAAUGAAAAGUUCUGGUUUGAUACCGAGAUGGCCAUCUAUGCAGACAAGGAACGGGGGAGGUAUCCGAUCUGGCAGAGUCUUGACCACGUUAAAUUCUUCCCUGGUUCUGGUCUCGUCUUUGUGACCGUCACUGGUGAUUACUCACUGCGCAUCGAGGGCAUGCAGGAUUCAGAUGUUCAAGAGGAAGUCAUGGAAGUCCUCCGAGCCAUGUACCCCAACAUUACUGUCCCUGAUCCUGUCGCAUUCCAUUUUAAACGCUGGCAUGCGGACCAUCUCUUCCGUGGUUCCUACUCCAACUGGCCUCCUUCUUUCCUUCCCGGUCACGCGGAAAAUCUGAGGGCUACUGUAGACAAGAGCCUCUGGUUUGCGGGUGAAGCUACGAGCUUGAAGUAUUACGGUUUCCUUCAUGGUGCGUAUUUCGAAGGGUUGAACGCUGGGGAGGAGAUCGCCAAGUGCGUUGAGGGCCCUGCAUGCAUUGGGCGGGAGCAUCUGAACAGUGUGGUCGAUGCUUCCCCUUAUCCGUUCGUAUCUAUCACGCCUUAG